AUGACGCGCGGCGAUCGUGGCGGAGUACAGGGGGCGCGCUCUGGCGGGAUGACCCACCACAUCCAGGGCCCGCACCUCAUCCCCAAUGUCGGGAGGAAGGCAAUGCUCGUGGCCGAGGUCAUCCGCCGGAGGCCCAAAACGAAGGCCAAGCCUACGAAGGCGCAUACGGCGGAGAAGAAGGAGAAAAAGGAUAAGAAAGAGAAGCAGCAGAAGAGAGACAAGAAGCAGAAGAGGCGGAAGGAAUCUGAGCGAUCCCGAUCCGACUCUCCGUCGCGCCCGUCGCGUUCGAGGACGCAGGUGCGGGCAGAGCACGACGCCGAAGGAAGCGACGAGGAGGAGGAGGCGCAGGCCGAAGAGUCCGCCCACGGAGAGAUGCCCCACAUGGUGCCAGACGUGGACUCCGAGCGCGAGGCCCGGCGCAUCGAGGAGGAGAGGAGGCAGCUGCAGCUCCUCAAGGAGGUCCAGGAGAAGCGGCGGAAGCAGGAGAGCGAGCGGAAGAAGAAUUUGGGAGGAGUUUUCGCCCUGUCCGCGGAUGACUUCGACAAGGAGGAGGACGAACGAGCCAAGAGGGCGCAGGCGGCGCAAGAAGGAGCAAAGAGCGAAAAGCAGCAGCUCCGGCAUCCCACGUCGAGGGCGUCCCAGAGGAAGGACGCGCUGCUGGAUGAGAGCGCUUCGGGCAGCGGGUUCGACAAGUGCUGGAAGAACUGGGACUUCACCAAAGCCGAAGAUCCGGCUGAAGUGGCCCGGCAGUUUAUGCGCGUUACUGCAGCCAAACGGCGGGGCUACGGCGCCCGGCCCGACCGGCCCGAGCGGCCCGACCGGCCCGAGCGCUCGGAGAGGUGCAUCCCUCGCGACGGACGCGCCGCGGCCCUGGCCGGGAUCGGAGCGGUCGAAGAAAUGAGCUUGGAUGAGCUCUUGGACAGCGUGGAGGCCGGUGAAAAGCGAAGCCUGCAAAAGCACGACCAGAGGCCAGCUUCUGCAGCAAAUGGCUGGGAUGUGGAGAUGAGUGAGAUUCUCAGCGGAACCGAAGACGGUUGUGACCUGGUGGCAAAAGCGUGCAAGACAAAGCUGCAGGAGCCGACGUUGGACGUACUCCUGGCGAAUGGCACAAAGUCGACUUUGCAAGAUGAGGAUUCGUUGUUGGCCCCACCGCCAGGCAACUGGACGGAUUCCUUCCUCAUCCUCAAGGUGUGCCGGUGGGCUGCGUGCCAAGGCUUGGAGCUUUACACUUCAGGGCUUGCCACACGAAAGAAGAAGAGCGAGGGACAGCUGCCCCUAAGAACCACAGCCCUCCAGUUCGUGGAAGCCCACAAGGUGCCUGUGGGCUUAGUGGCUACGCUGGUGAUCACUUGCGCCAUCAUCAUUGGCGGUGAGAAUCUAGACAGGCUUCCUGAGAGGCCAGUGGAAGCAGAGGACCAUUACGGAGUGUUGGGAGUGGCACGGGAUGCUCAAACUGCGGACAUCAAGCGCGCCUACAAGACAAUGGCGAAGCGCUGGCAUCCGGAUAAGAACCCCAACUGCAGCUCCUGCCAGGAGACUUUCUCCAAGAUUGCUGUAGCCUAUGAGACACUGUCAGACGACUCAAAGCGUGCUGCUUAUGACGAAGCCGGCGGUGUGGCUACAUCCGAAUUGACAUCGCCCAAGAGCGUCCCUUUGAACAAAGGCAAUUUUGAUGAGCUUGUAACUUUCUCCAAUGACGUUUGGAUCGUGCAGGUUUUCCGACCCGACAAUCCCCACUGCGCGAGUUUUCACCCCUUCUGGGAGAACCAGAUCCAGAAGUACCAGCACUUGGUCCGUUUCGGGCGUAUCGACGUGACCGACGACCAGGCCAAGUGGCUUCCUUUGAAGGUGCGUGUGCUUCCGACUGUCCUGAAGUUUGGCAGGCACUUGGGAGCCGUGGAGAUUUUCCCUGUGACCCAAAUGCAUGAAACUCCGCAGGCACUCACGAAAUUCGUGUUGACCUCCUUCCCGAACAUCGGGUUGCCACUGAGCUCGGACCACAACGCCCUCACUUCGUGGCUGAGCAGACCGACUCGGCGUCACAAGGUGCUGUUCGCUAUCCCGGGCAAGAGUGAGGAGGAGCGGUACAAGUCCCACCUCAUCCCACGGAAGCUUGCUGCCCAGUGGUCCGAGGUCUUCGAGGUCCGCUCCGCUGAGACCGAUCUCCUCCAUGGACUGCCACUUCCACCCGAGGUGAAGGCAUCGCUGCCGUCCAAGGCUGACUCGGGCCAGAAGGCCGCCGCCUUGCUCUUCCCCGCGCGGGGCACGGAGCCAAAGGCCGCGGCGGCCUUCGCCUGGCCCUCCGGAGAGGAAGAGAUGGUCCUGGAGCUCAUGCGCUUUACGGAAUUGGUCGGGGUCUCCCUGAGCGUGCAGAGUGCAGACCUGCUUUGCCGCUCGUUGGCUAUGCGAAGGGUCUAUUGCCUUGUGCUCGUCGACGCCUCCAAUGCUGCCUUGGCACGAGCAGCCCGCGACCUGCGAGAAUCCCGGGCACAGUAUCAGGGCGAGGUGGCACAAAUCCGAGCCACGGGGGGUGAAGUCCCUGAAGACGAGGACAACUUUGUGGUUCCCAUGCUCCGGCUGCUUCGGCACUCGGGCCUGGAGCCUUCCGUCGCCUCCUGCUUCGCGCCGAAGUUCGCGCAGGUGGAGAGGGCACUUGCGGGUUCAUCAGCCUUCCUGAUGGACUUGGACACCCACCGCCUGGCACCACUCCGGCUCUCCUCCUUCCGUGGCCUCUACCCGCAGAUCGCCUAUGAGGACAGCUUAAACUGGGUGGAUGCGCUCGACAUCCGCUCCUUGCCAGACUGCAGCGAGGGAAUGCGGCAGCGCUUCGUGAGGCAGCUCGCGGUUUCCUCCUUCUCUGAGCUCACCUGGCAACUCAUGUUUGCGCUCUUCAUGGCGGAAGUUGUUGCGAAAGCGGUGGCCAGUGGAUCGCUUCUGUGGUGGCUAGGUGCAUCUGGCAUGGUGCUGGCCACGCUGUCCAGGUCUCCGCCGUUUCUGCGCUGGCUUUUCAGCUACGUGCCAGAGAUGUUCUGGUCGCCUCAGCUCAUGGAGAGUUGA